AUGAGCGUGGCGCAGCAUGUGGAAGAGAAAGCUGUGCACGCGUGGUCCCGGAUCUCCACGGCAGGGAAGAAGGCCCUGGAGGAGGCGCUGCUGGUCUUUAACCCCAUGAGCCAGGAUCUGAGCGCCACAGAGGCCCAGCUGGUGGCCUUCCUGCAGGGCCUGCGAGAUGAUGGCUUCCAGCCUACCGUCCUGCGCAGCGGUGACGUCUACGGCUACAGUUCGUGCACGGCCAAACCCCCAAGCCAGACGAAGCUGCAUGCUCGCGCCCCCAUCCCAGCCACCACGUCACCUCCAGCCGGUGCUCCCCGAACUGCGAUGCGGCUGCCUGCCGGCCGGGCCACGCUGCUUCCCGUGCCGCUGUCUGGCAGGCUGGCCAAAGCGUCCACACCAGCCCUUACCAAGCAUGCUACCACCAACCUGCUCCUGAGCUCCCUGAAGGAGUCCAGUGCCAGCCAUGCCCGGGGCACGGCAAUGGGCUUCCCCACCCACCUCUAUCCAGGUGUCUACCCUGCCAUGCGGCUCUCCGUUGUCCUCGAGGCCCUGGUUCCACUCAAGACUCCCAUGCCCCGCUUGGGUGCCAAGCACAAGACACAGCCCCUGCAGCUCUCCCUCGCGGACUCUCCCCUGAAGCUACGGAAAGGCCCGGGAAAGGGGCUGGGGCUUCCCAGGAAAGUCACAAGCAAGAGCCCCAAGUGUGCGAUUCGCAGAGGCCCCAGGGCUGGACCCCAAGAAAGCGCUGGGCCUCAGAGCAAGACCUGCAAAGCCGCCGGAUCCCUCCUUGGCCCACAGACGCAAGGGGUGUCUGCCUCGGGCACCAAGACAGCCCAAGCCAAGGCAGCACAGACACUGGCCAGAGCCGUCUGUGCCCGGGCCAAGGUGGCUCACACCCAGGCUAAAGCUGCCAAGGCCCGGGCAAAGACGAAGGCAGUGCAGGUCAAGGCCAAGGCCACACGUGCCAAGGCCAAAGCAGCAUGGAUCAAGGCCAAAGCCCAGGCGGCGCGGACCCAGCCCAGGGGCCGGGGCCGGGACUGCGUGAAAGGCUCUGUUCAGGCCAGGACCGCAAGGAAAGGCCAGAAGAGCAGCCCUGGGUCUGUGGGGCAGAAGAGGAAGAGGACUGAGGAGGCAAAAGACCUUCCCCGGAAGAGGACGCGGCUGGGGGCCCGCGGCCCUAAGGCUCGCCUACGUCUUGGGACAUCGGAGCUCCUGACGUUCCAGGCCAUCAAGGUGGACAGGCGGUCCUCGGACGACGAGGUGCGGCGGCAGGCCCAGCGCGCCCUCCGUGUGAACCUGUCCCCUGUGAUCCGCCUCCAGCCCCUGCUGCCGUGCCCGGGGCCCUGA